AUGCACGCAUGUGUGUGCGUGUCUAACGCUGUGCGGACAGGAAAGCAAACAAAUUCAGACCCACAUAUAAAGGCAUUGGUGUUUUCCUUACUCGCUUCACUCAGGCCGCCUCUACUUAGCAUUGACUGCCCUUUUCUCCAAUUUGGCCUUUUCUUGUGUCAAUCCGCAAUGGCAUUUAUCCAAUUUCCUUGCCGCAUCGAGGCGUGGAAUUGUCCGUCCCGGAAACACUUUGUACCCGUCGAGUUGACUCCUUUGGCUUGGUUGUGCUGUGAAGAGCGCACUCGCCGACAGAAGCGAAAAGGAGGAGUUCGAGCCCAGAUCGAGGCCCUUCGAGGCAGUCAUUUUCGGGCCCAGUUUUCGCAUCAAGCGGAAUUCACCGUCGCCAUCGCUGAUCGGAGCCUGGUAAGCUUGGCCAACACCUCCUCUGGCCGUGGUGAC